GCGGAGACCGGCGAGCAGGUGCGGACACGUCACCAAAACCUCACAGGGAUCCCGUUCAUGCAGGUGGAGGCAUCGGACCGUGAUGACCGUAACACAGCCCACGCUGAGCUGCGUUUCAGUCUAAUGGAGCAGACACCCAGGAUUCCCUCUAGUCACAUGUUCUCCAUCGAUUCGAUCACUGGAGAGGUUUCCCUCACCGAGGACGGAGCCUCGACUCUGGACCCAGAGAUGUGUGGCCGCUAUAAGCUCCUGGUGAUGGUGAAGGACAUGGCUGGGAAGGCGAACGCGUUCUUCUCCACAGGCAUUGUUACUGUUGAGGUGACUGGGAACACUUGGGCAUCGCCGGACCCUGUGCGACUACAGGAGAACCUCCCAGGCCCCUACCCCAUCCCCAUCUCACAGGUUAAAUGGAGUGGAAGUCAGGCAGAGUACAGUCUAGAGGGGGAGUUUCCAGAGAUGCUCUUCACCAUCAGCCGAGAAGGAGUCAUCUAUCUUAAUGCUCCUCUGGACAGAGAGACACAGGACCAGUUCCAAAUCAGCAUUGUGGUGGAGCGUCCAGAUGGCAGAGAGAUUGCCAAGCCUGUGGAGCUGAGGGUCAUGGUGGGAGACGCCAAUGAUAACAGACCCACCUUUCCACAGGCACAGUACCACACUGUAGUCAAAGAACUGGCUGCUCGGGGUGACUGACAUCUAUCUAUUUAUCUCUCUAAGAUCCUCACAGUGCAGGCAGCCGAUAAUGACGACCCCAAGACAGACAAUGUGCGAAUCUUCUACCGUUUGGUGGGCCAAAAUCCCAGAGAGCCCGCGCCCCUCUUUCGAGUGGACCGUGACUCAGGCGGGUCAUCUCUGUCCAGCAGACAGUAUGGAGGGCACAGCGCACAGUACACCCUCACUAUCACUGCUGAGGGAUGCAAAAGGCUGUGAUGAUGUGAUGUGUCCCUGGCGGUCUGAAACAGUUCCUGUACUGUGGUUUUGACAGUGCAGGAUGAAAACAACAACCCACCAGUCUUCUCCCAGCAUGAGUAUGGGCCUUUUCACAUCCCAGAGGAUGCUCCAGUGGGCACCACAGUGACAGCAGUGUUGGCGGGGGAUGCAGAUGUCCGAGGAGGAGACAGCUGGCAGGUAGACUAUCGCUUGGAGUCUGGGAACGAGGAGGAGGUCUUCACAUUAGUGACAGACAAGCAGACUAACGAGGUCUCACUUGUCCUCUCCAAGGUGUUGGACUUUGAAAGAGAGAGUGAGUACAUUCUAGUGCUCAGCGCUCAAAACCCUGUUGCGCUUGUCCGUGGCCGCUAUGGACCUGCAUCCACUGCCACCGUCUCCAUCUAUGUUGACAACGUGAACGAAGGUCCGAUCCUGUCUCAAAGUCAUUAUGAGGUGACAGUCAGAGAGGGCGAGGAGCCAGGGCGGGUCAUUGCCACUAUCCGGGGUUAUGACCCUGACUCUCACCCAAUCAGAUAUUCUCUGCGAGGAGACACCAAGAGAUACUUCUCAAUAGGGAAAUAUUCUGGUGAGCUGAAGACCGUGCAGGCCUUGGACAGAGAGGAAAACAGCACUUACACCAUGGAGGUCAUCGCUGUGGAUGGACGAAACUCCUCCUUGUCUGCCUCAACCUUGGUGACUGUCCAAAUCCUGGAUGUGAAUGACAACAGCCCGGUGCUGGUUGGAGACUACUCCUGGAAAUACCUGUGCACGCCCCGCUGGGAGGACCAAGCCCUGGUGCUGGCCUCACGGGACAGCGACGGGCCGCAGCACGGAGGGAGGCUGAACUUCUCUCUUCGCAGUGAUGCCACUGUCCGACGCAACUGGAAGCUAACACCUAUCAAUGAUACCCACACCAACCUGUCCUUAAAUAUCCCAUAUCUGGCCCCUGAGGUCUACACUGUGCCUUUCACUAUUUCUGACAGCAGCUCUCCUCCCAGGAGCACCUUCAUCAACCUGCCAGUGACCGUGUGCCCCUGCAACAUCAGAGGAAACUGCAAAAUGGCGGCCAAGCAGUUGCAGGGCAUGCCAACCAUCCAGUCAACAGUGGGCAUUCUGCUUGGCACCUUUGGUGUCAUAGGAACUAUUCUCAUCGUUGUUUUUGUGAGACUGUCCUACCAGAACCCCAAACCACCCAGCAAAACCAACCAGGAGCGAGUUCCCCUGAAGAUUUCACUGUAACUUUUCACCUGUCCCACUCACUGUCCUGAAUAUUAGUCCCAUCAUUCUCCUAAGGGUCAGCAAAUUUAAAGGAGUUAAAGUUGAUUUUCUUUCAAGUCAGUGAAUUUAGGAAAUUGGUGUGAAUGUUAAAAAACAAAUUUGGGUGUUUUUGGAAUUGGAGCAAAGUUUCUAUGUAAAUCCAGAACUGAGCUGAAAGUGAAAUGACCCAAUGUGACUUUUGGAAUAGUCAAGAUGUUGAAUGUAUUUUUGAACUCCUCAGGCCUUUGCCAAAGACAUGAUGUUGACUUUUUUGUAUUUUUUUUUUUUUUUUUAACUGCAGUAGAGCAGUUUAGUUUUUGCAGGUCAGACUUUUGCAUUAAUACUAUCAGUUGUGCUGUCUUACAUGAUUAAUAACAAUUUCAGGUUCAAAAAUCAUCACUAUUUACCACUCCAUUGCAUGUGCCUGUUAUUUAUUUACAUUAGAAAUGUAAAGUUAUUAAGAUCCUUUUUGAUCCUAUUUGCUUCAUUUUUAAUUAAUUUUAAUGAUCACAAAUAGACCGUGAUAACAUGAUAAAUUAGAAAAAAAAAUGACUGUAAGUUUUGAUUUUUAGCCACCUAAUUUAACAUAGAAAUGAAAUUAAUACAUGUUUCCAUCACCACUCUAUUUGCUUGUUCAACAUCAUAUCUAUCCACAACUGGGAAAAAAAAUAUUGUCAUUCAUUUAUGUAUGCUCUAAGGUUUAUAUUAGCAUGCCAUGUCUGUAGUUGUGGGUCUGAUUAUCAUGCUCAUUAA